AUGCCGCCUAAGCUGCCGCCCCUUCGCUUCGUGCGAUCUGUCCUCAACUCCUUCUCCAAAGACUCUGGGCUUGAGCCGAGACUCCUUGGUAACAACUUCAGAGUAACGGGCGCCUCUGUCGGUAAGGUCGAGUUCGAGCUGGCCAUCCAGAAGGAGCACACGAACCGUCUGCAAACCAUCCAUGGAGGUACCCUUGCCAGUCUCGUCGACCUCGGCGGCUCCCUCGCUGUCGCCUCAAAAGGACGCUUCAUGACUGGCGUCUCCACUGAUAUCAACGUCACGUACUUGAACCCCGGAGGAACACCUGGUGACAUUAUGACCGGCACUGCCAUCUGCGACAAGAUGGGAAGGACCCUCGCCUACACUACCGUUCAAUUCUUCAACAAGAAGGGAGAACUUGCUGCUAGAGGAAGCCAUACCAAGUACAUCGCCAAGACUUGGGUAUCUGAGGACUUCGUUGCACCUGACGAGUACGUUGCCGAAGAAGAGAACUAA